AUGAGCAUCGCCAGCCUCAAGCCCGCCAGGGGCAAGCUGCAGAGGCUGUGGCCGACGUCGUCGUCGUCCUCGAAAAGCCCGUCGUCUCCGUCGUCCGAGUUUAAGGACUGGAGCAAGAGCGAUCUCAGCGCCGUCAUCCGCUUGGCGGGCUUUCAGAUGGGCGCGCUCGGCAACCCGGCGAAUCCUAUCCCCCUGGGGAGCCGAGACGACAAUUCGGCACGGGACCGCGGCGUCAGGAGGAGCCACUCGGAGCAUGCAGUUGAGCCGAUGGCGGUCCUUCCGCCGAGCAGAGCUCCGCCGCCGCCGCCGCCGCCGCCAUCUGCUCCUAGUCCUCCUUCGUCACUCUACCAUCCGUAUUCACCUCCCCAGCAUCCUUCGCCGGACAAAGCACCUCCUCCUCCUUCGCUCUACUAUCCGUAUUCACCUCCCCGGCAUCCUUCGUCGGACAAGGCACCUCCUCCUCCUUCGCUCUACUAUCCGUAUUCACCUCCCCGGCAUCCUCCGCGGAGCAGGGCACCUUCUCCUCCUUCACUGCAUCAUCUGUAUUCAUCUGCCCCGGUUCCUUCUCCAGACAGGGCGCCGCCACCUCCUCCACCCGAUCUACUUCCUGAGCUCUCACCCGUCAACUAUGGUGACGAGGAUGAAGAAGAGCACGCUCUGGCCAUUCCGCCCGCACGGCCAAUCUCCAUUUUCAGAAGACGGGCCAAGACCCCCGUGCAUCAGAUCGGGCAGCUUGAGCGGGCAGCCAGGCACAGUCAACAAGGGGCCACCGGUCUCAACAGGAUGUCGAGCGUCAGCACCAUUGCGCGCCAGUAUCGGGAGCUGGUGUAUUACCCAGAUGUCCCGGAGGACGACGCCGACGACACCCGGCCCGAGGCCAGCGCUGAGUUUGGCCACGAGCCUAUCGUCAGUCAGACUCCGGAAGAGCAUCGUCGAAGCACGUCGCUCGAGUCUCGGGACUAUCGGCGAUGCAGCCGAUUGGCGCCGUCACUCCUGUCCGACGACGGGACGCUGGUUGCCUUGGAGGAGGAGCUGGUGGAGGACACGACAUUCUGCAAGUCCGCCGCCUGGUCGCCGCUGGCAUCUCCGCCGCCGCCUCUGCCGCCGCCAAAGGGCAAGGAGGCAGAUGGUGAGGUGCCUGGCCCGGCGACGUUGAGAUUCAGCAUCGGCCUGGACCUGCUGACGCGGGAGCUCUCAUCUGCGAUGACCAAACAGUCCGACGCCUCUGGGCUGCAAGUCUGGGUCAUGAUUGAGGCCUACGAGCGGCUGCGGCAUCAGAUUGCGGCCACGGGGCCGGGUAAUGAGGAGGCCAAGGAGGCCAUUGACUCUUGGCUCAAGGCGCUGCACGCCAUUCACAGGGAACUGGCUGACGAGGCGGCGAUGAGCGAGAGCGAGUACGGUGAUUGA